CCUCCGCUGCUCAUUGCGUUCGCUUCCGGUUUUCUUCUUCUUUCUUCAGCAGUAGUGCUGCUUCUUUGUUCGGCGAUGGCUGGGCCUGCUACGGUUCGAUCCGGCCGACGCCGUCGGGGCCGCCCUCCUGGGAUUCGGGCGGCUGUCAUUGCCCGCGUGCGCCGCGCUGCCGGCCGCAUUUCUUCCGUGGAUUCGUCGUCGACGAUGGCAUUCGCUGGUGGGCGUGGCCGGCCGGCUGAUUCGGGAUGCAGCCUCCGGUCCGGGUCUCGCCGGCCGUUUCGUUCUUCCCGGGCUGAUUCGUGGCGAGAUGUUAAUGUGGACGUUGAUAGUCGUCGUCGGGAGAUUUCAUUAGGGAAGCGGCCUGUGGAUUGUACCGUCGGUGCUGCCGUUGGUGCGUGCUCUUCUUCAGUGGCCGGUGGGUCUGUCCCGGCUGUUUGGCCUGCCAGCGUACGACCUGGUAUUCUGCUUGUCGAAGUGGUUGACAGAACGAGUGCUUCUGUUUCUGAUUUUCCUGCUGGUGUUCAUCUUUAUGGCUCUUUGGUUGGUGAUACGACUUUUCAUUGCCGUCCAAGAGUGGUGCCUUUAUGUGCCGCUGGUAUCUUUGGUCGGCCUACUCCUCUUGUGAUGCCUACUCCUCUUAUGGAGCAUUUUCGUGUUGUGUGUGCACGCCGUAAGCGGAUUUUGGUGCGAUCGUACUGGUCGGGCCGGAAAAGAGUACGUGUGAUGCAACCUCCCUUUUCUAAAGAUAACAUCCAAUUGGUUAAGGGUGAGUAUAUAUAAUUUAUGGUUUAUGUGCCCGUGUUGCUUUCCAUCUGUGUUGCCAACUCGGUGUUCUGUUUUGCAGCUACUUUUAGAGGUUGUUUGGAUAGGUGGUUUGUAGAAAAUCCGUUCUAUAUAAACUAAGAAAACGGCCUAACAACCUAAAACCACGUUUGGCUAGCCUAACUAAUCUGUGGAUUUGGAAAACCGAAUUUUCUAUAACCCAGAAUUUCGCGUUUGUGGAGAAACGACUAUUAGUCGUUUUUGUAAAAACUCGAUUUGCGUAUCCUCGUUCGUCUCUGUUGCCGAUCCCAGCGGGCCCGUUCAUGAGCGAAGAGAAGCUACCGAGGCUGGUGGUUGCCACGUCCUUGAAUACAUAUCUCCGGCCUGCUCGAGGGUCAGUGAGACAACGGCGGCUGUGAUCAGCUCACCGGUGAGUCGUACCACGUGGUUGUACGUCCUCGUCUGGCCGCCGCGCCACGGCUGACGCGUCCUCCGUGUCGUCCGUCCUGGUCGUCGUCACCGCCGCCGAGGUCAGCUCGUUGAGCGUUCGCGGCGAGCCGUCGGCACGUGACAACAAAGCAGGAGGAGCCAUAUAUGCCUGCAGCUUGGCGUCGACCAAAGGGUUUGCACCCGUGGGCACAAAGGUUUUCUCGUCCUUAACCCCAACGGCGAGGGUACAUAGCCACAGACAGGGGUGCCAUGGCCAUGAAUGCCUACGUGCAUGCAGCGUGAACGACCAAGAGGAAGGUGGAUCCGAGGAGGCUUUUGCCAUGAAUCCUCUUGUGUCUCUCGCGUACGUGUACGUUUCGUACAUUUCACAGCCGGCAGAUGCUUGCCCAUGGUAGCAACUUUCUACGUGUGCGUGUACGCGGCCGUCCGGUGAGAUCAACUACCCAGUUCCAUUACCUGCGUUUCAUUGACGGAAAGUCGAGAACAAGAAAAUCACCGGAGAAUAGGGAACUGGACAAACCCACUUUUCAACCCAAACAUGGUCUUCUGUAAACUGACUAUUAACAAAGAAGUUAGUAAAAACUGGUUUUCCUAAAAAUCAGGUAAAAACUCGUUUUAUAUAAACUCAAUGCUAAUAUUUAUUAUCCAAACAACCACUUAGGGGGCGUUCGUAUUAUGGUGGACCGGAUUUUUGCUGCCGGAAAUGUGGGGCUUUUUUUUUGGUUCCGUGAAGGAUCUGUUUACCAUGCUGACGCUACUUCUAGCGAGAUGCAUGAGCCGCCUGCACGUGAGCUCCGGGCGCAGCAGGAGCAACGUCACAUCCCCGCCACAGCCGCUUUCGUUGUAGCCCGGGGUGCCGAGGUCGUGGUCGUCUGAAUAUACAGACCAUUGGCAGGAAGACGGAUCAUUAUAAGAUGUAGACCCAUGCCCCUACAAAGAUCAAGAUGUAGACGGAUCAUUAUAAUCAUGCAGGAAGAAAAAAAAAUCAAGAGAGAAGCAUGAUCGCGGCCUCUCUGAAUUCAGAAUAUACGAAUAGACCAUGCAUGAUCGGGUGUAUACAUCCGUUAGUUCAACUAGCUAGCUAGCUAGCAAGGAAAAAGGCAGAACCAAGAAAGAGAUCGCAUGCAAGCCUUUGUUCAGGUGUGUCUGUAGCUCGGUGCUUAGCACUUUUGGCUUUUCUAUUUACGGUGCAGCCGGUUUCGACUUGCAUGUGUAUUCUGAAUUUAGAAUAUAUAUGAAUGUUUGUCUUCUUGGAAAGUGCCUGUAGAAAUUUGGAUCUGAAGAUGCAACUCACGUACUGCAGAAAAAGUUUCUCAAUAGUCAGACUUUGUCAAGCUAAAGAAGGACAUAGACACUCACAAUUUUGGAACUCCCUCAUGGGAUUUAAAGACCUGUUAUUUUCUUUCUAUACAAGGAAAAUUGGCAUCCGACCAGAUUUUUGGAGGAUUUGUCGGUGGGAGUGGUUUUUCAGCUCUGGGUGCCCCUACACCCCAUAUGAGGCUAUGAACAGUAACAAAUUAAAAAAAAUCUGAAAGUUUCCAACGUCAAAUAGAUUCAGUGGAAUGGCUCCGAAGCGUCUUGUACAUAUUAAAUUAACUGUUCUUCUGUUACACUUACAUGCUUCCACCCACUAUUUUAAACAAAAUGAGCACAAUUACCCGAGACAGUCCAAUAUACAAAGAAGAAUAUGAAAAAAAAACAUUAAAAAAACUCAACAACAAAUGAGAAAUAUCUAUACACAAUAUAAUAACAUUCUGAGUAAAAGUUUUAAAAUUUUGACCAACUUUCUAGGAAAAAGUAGCAUCAUUUAUGGCACCAAAUUAGCAUCCUUAGAUUCAUUUUGAAAUGUACUUUCAUAAUAUACCAAUUUGAUGUCAUAUAUGCUACUAUUCUUUUCUGUAAAUUUGGUCAAACUUUUAAAACUUUGACCGAAGAUAAAAAUUAGAUGUAUACUUGUUCGCGGACGGAAGGAGUAUGCAAUAUACCAUAAACUAUCAUCUA